AUGGCAAACUCAGAGGCUGGAACAAGUAGUGAUGUUGCACGAGUAUCAGGAGGUGAGUACCAAGUGUUAUUGAGUUUCAGAGGAUCCGACACUCGUCAUGGAUUCACAGAUUUCCUCUACCAUGGCUUGGUAGAUGCUGGAGUUUGUGUAUUCAAGGAGGAUGAUGAACUCCCUAUUGACAAAGUGAUUGGCGAGAACCUUCUACAUGUGAUCAACAACUCCAUGCUCUACAUACCCAUCUUCUCUCAGACUUAUGCUUCUAGUAAACGGUGCCUCCAAGAGCUUGCACUCAUAGUAGAAAAUGUCUCUAAAUCCGAAGGUCAAAAAAGUAUCAUUCCUAUUUUUCUUGAUGUGGAACCUGAGGAUGUUAAACUUAGGACUCCACUUUAUAGCACUGCUUUUGAGAAACACAACGAGGACUUUCCUCAGGAAGCAGAGGUUUGGAGAAUGGCUCUUGCGGAAGUUGAUGAAAUCAAAGGAUGGAAUGUGAAAAAGGAUCAAAGGUAA